AAGACGACAUAUAGAGUGUGACGGUCGGACUUGUGGUUAAAAGAAAAAACAAAAAAACGCAAUUGAAUUGACUCAUUGAAAUUGAACGGACGCCGAUUUCAUUAAAAAAAAAAAAGGAAUUUGAACGGCGGUUAUCUCUAGCGAUGGCUCGCCCGACGGCGACGAGCACAACUACCAGACCUUUAUCAUCGACCUCCUCCGUGACCACCACCGUGACGAUCGAGAACAACUCAGGUGCCUCCUCCUCGUCGCAACCUCAAGAAACCCUCGUCCUCGCACUCCGCCCCAGGAAAAAGAAAGUUACGUGGAAAAAAGGAACCGUCGACAACGAGUUCAUGAACAAGAAAAGCUCCAAGAUCUGCUGCGUUUUCCAUAAAGAAAAGCCUUUUGAUGAAGACGACAGUGAUGAUGACGCUCAUGAUCAUCAUCAUCAUCAUCAUCCAUCCAUCCAACGGCCUUGAUUCCUCCAAGGAUAGCUGCAGACCCAGCACCGGCUCCUGAUUUUGCUUUGCAUAUGUGUUUUUAUGACCUUUAUUAUGGAUGUAAUGAGCAAAUUUCAUGAUAUUCUAUAAGGUUGAUUUUAUAUAUUUUGUUUUAGAUAAA